UUGUGUGCAUGUGGGAGAGGAAGAGGAAGCUGCGGGCACAUGGUUCUCCGAAAAUCCAUUCUGUUGUAACCGUCUGUAUUUAUAGAAUGUUGGAAGUCUGGUGAAGUUACAUUUUUUCAUAUGGUUGGAUGGUGAGCCGAGAACAGGGCGAGGAACUAGAUCCUACACAAACCUCCCCGUGUGCAAUACACAGGAUAACAUGCCUAGGUGAGAUUCAUAGAAACGCAUAUAAUGGAAAACACGAGAAGGAAAGCCAAAAGUCUGGUUCAAGCGGACAGCAUAGAGCUUCAGGAUUCCAACUUUCAACAAGCCAGCUUUUGUACCCCGUACCAACCCACCACUGCUAAAGCCAAGAAGAAGAAGAAGAAACAGAAGAAGACCAACCCACUCCUCCUGGAUGGAGCCAAGGCUGGUGAACUUAAUUCCUGGGUUUCAAAACAUAUUAAGAAAAAAGAGUGUGUUGUUUUCAUCCCACAAGAGUCUAGCAAAGAGGAGACCUGUGGAUGUGGUUACACCAGAGGAACCCAUUUACAUGACACCUCACAUCCUAUUAGGCCACCUGAAACCAGUUGGGACCCUCAGAAACAUGUCGAAGAAUUCCCUAGUGAUGCACAUGGGGACAUGUCAUUUACAGGAACCACCAGGACCCGGGCCAAGUAUGUGCGCGCAUCCUGCGACACUCAUCCCAGCAAAUUGUUUGAGCUGAUGACAGAGCAGUGGGAGCUUUGUGUACCAAGUCUCCUUAUAUCUGUGACAGGAGGAGCCAAAAACUUCAACAUCAGUCCAAGGCUGAAGACUCAGUUCAGUCGGGGCCUUGUGAAUGCUGCACAAAGCACAGGGGCCUGGAUCAUCACCGGAGGGACUCACGCUGGGGUCAUGAAGCACGUAGGUGAGGCCAUACGAGAUUUCAGUAGAGGCGAAGAAGACUCAGAGAUUGUCCUGAUAGGCAUUGCCACCUGGGGCAUCGUCCACAACCAAAAAUCACUGCUCAGUGAGGCGGGGGGAGCUCCUGCCCUGUACCCCAUGGAUGAAGGAUCACAGGGGAAGUUGUGCUGUCUGGACAACAAUCACACACACUUCAUACUGGUGGAUGAUGGGACACAUGGACGCUAUGGGGUGGAAAUCCCACUGAGAACUCGCCUGGAGAAGUUUAUCUCUGAACAGACAAUGCACAAAGAAGGAACCGCCAUUAAAACAGUGUGUGUGGUGCUGGAAGGAGGUCCUGGAACAUUGGAUACCAUCUACAAUUCAAUGUGUAACAACACACCGUGUGUCAUUGUGGAGGGAUCUGGUCGAGUUGCUGACAUCAUAGCACAAGUGGCAAAUCUUAGUUCCUCCAGGAUUACCGUCAACCUCAUUAAGGAGAAGCUAAAAAAUCUUUUCUCAGAGUCGUAUGACAGUUUCACAGAGGAUCAAAUCAUCAUGUGGACCAAGAAAAUUCAAGAUAUUGUCCGCAUGGAGUCUCUGCUCACUAUCCUCCGGGAAGAGAAGGUUGGGGAUCAAAGGAUGGAUGUAGCAAUCCUACAAGCUUUGUUGAAAGCCUCUCACAAUGCUAAUCACAAUGGCCAGGAGAACUGGGACCAUCAGCUGAAACUCGCCGUGUCCUGGAACCGACCAGAGAUUGCAGAGACUCAGAUCUUUUCUGAAGAUUGGAUGUGGAAGCCCUCCGAUCUGUAUCCCAGCCUGACAUUGUCACUCAUUGAAGACAAACCUUCAUUUGUGCGCCUGUUCCUGGAGCGUGGAGUCAAUCUGGCGCAGUACCUCACCUGGGACACUCUCACCGAAUUGUACAACAAUACAGACCCGUCCAGUUUAAUUCACAGCAAACUUGAGAGACAAGCCAAAGCAGAGAGAUCAAAGGAAGUAACUAAAAUAGAACUUCAUCACGUCUCCCGUGUCCUGCAGGAUCUUCUGGGAGACGUAACAGAAUUAUUAUAUCCAGAAGCCAAGCCUAAACACAUUUGGAGCCUAGCAGAAAUCAGCAUCAAGAUGACUGGGAAAGUAAGAACUAUGAAGCACAGAAACUACCAGUUGGACCACCCUGUGAGGGAUCUCCUCAUCUGGUGUAUCGUGCAGAACCGUGCUGAAAUGGCAGAUGUUUUCUGGAAUCUGACUCAGGAUAGUGUAGCUGGAGCCCUGGCCUGCACCAAGAUCCUGAAGGCUCUCUCUAAGGAGGAGGAAGACUCUAAGGAAAAAGAGGAGAUGACAGCACUUGCCGACCUUUAUGAGGAACACGCUGCAGGAGUGUUUUCUGAAUGUUAUCACAGUGAUGAGAAACGGGCAGAACUUCUUUUGAUCCAUGUGACCCCCAAGUGGGGAAGGACCACGGCCCUGAAACUGGCUCAGCAGUCUCAAGCUCUGUCUUUUAUGUCACAAGGAGGUGUCCAGACAUUCCUCACGAAGACCUGGUGGGGGAAACUUUCCGUGGACAAUGGCUUCAUCCAGCUUUUGCUGUGUAUGUUGCUUUUCCCUCUAAUCUACAGCAACUUCAUCAUCACCUUCAGGAAAGGCUUUACAAAUUCCCCAUCAUUGCUCAAUGAAGGUCCAAAUGAGCGGAGAAAACAAAAUAUCCGUGAAGAUUCCAGAAACAAACCAAAAAGACUUAAACCGUACAGCUGUCUCUGGAAGCUUCAAGCUUUCUUCAACGCUCCGAUUGUGAAGUUCUAUUAUAAUGUUGUGUCGUAUAUUGGAUUUUUGUGGCUUUUUGCAUAUGUUUUAAUGAUUGAUUUCCAAACCUAUCCAUCCUGGAGGGAAUAUCUCUUGUACGUUUGGGUCUUUUCCAUCUUUACCGAGGAGCUACGUCAGCUGUUUUAUGACCCGGAGCAUCGUGGCUUUGUGAAGAGUUCUAUCCAAUACAUCUCAGAGUUUUGGAACCAGGUGGAUUCGCUGGCUUUGGGGUUAUUCGCUGUUGGGCUGAUAUGCAGAUUGGUUCGGCCAGACACUGUCUAUCUGGGCCGUGUGUUCCUGUCUCUAGACUACAUGAUAUUCUGCAUCCGCCUCAUGUACAUGUUCACUGUCAGCAGAGUUCUGGGUCCUAAGAUUAUCAUCCUCCGCCGAAUGGUUAAAGACCUCUUCUUCUUCCUCUUCCUCCUGGCCAUUUGGAUUGUGUCGUACGGAGUGGCAAAGCAGGCGAUUCUAACCACCAACGAAGAAAGGUUGGACUGGAUUUUACGCAACGUGAUCUAUGACCCCUACCUCACCCUCUUUGGCGAAAUCCCAUUAGAUAUAGACAGUUUACAUUUUGACCCAACAAAAUGUUCUGAAAAUGGCACCGACCCAACCAUGCCUAAAUGUGUUGUCAAUGAUGGAACCAAUGUUCUCUUCCCAGAGUGGCUGACCAUAAUUCUCAUGUGCCUAUAUCUUCUUAUGGCCAAUGUCCUUCUGCUCAAUCUACUUAUUGCCAUAUUCAGUUACACAUUCGCAGAUGUGGAGAAUAACACAGAUCAGGUUUGGAAAUUCUACAGAUUUGGUCUCAUUAAAGAAUAUAAUGAGCAUCCCGCAGCUCCUCCUCCUCCGUUCAUCCUACUCACUCACUUAUAUGACCUCCUUAAACAUGGAAUUUGUAGGUACCCAGCCCACGGCCACAAAGUUUUAAGGUGGGAGCUAGAUGAAGAACAAGAGGCCUCGCUGCUCUCCUGGGAGUCCUACAUGAAGGACAAUUACCAGCAGAUGAAGCAACAGGAACAUAAUGAAAGUGUCUUCGCUGUGCUGCGUCUGCUGGAGAAAAGGGUGACUGCGCUGGAAGAGCAGUCUACACUAAAACUGAACUGGAUCAUCACAGCCCUGACGGAGAAAGGUGCCAGCACUAAGACACACAUAUUAGUAGAUAGCAACUCCCAGAACAAAGAAGAUAAGACUGCAGCAAGCCCAAAUGGAAGUGGAGAGAAGCACUGUCUGUACCACGUGAACUCUCGGAUCCUGCAGUACCCAGACUCUAAAAUGACCCGCUACCCAGUGCCUGAUGAGUUUGUGCCUUGGGAGGUGGAGUUCCCAGGAUAUAAUCCUCCCCUAUACAAUGCUGAGCGGAAUGACCGUGGGAUGUAUGAUCCAAAAACUGAGAUGGAGCAGAAGAGCUGCAAGUACAAUUCUAUAGAUGGACUCCAUGACUUCCGCAGUUGCUGUGGCACCUGUACAGUCAAGGAUGGUUUGCCCCUAAACCCGAUGGGACGAACUGGGCUGAAAGGAGUUGGGAGUCUGCGUUGGUUUGGACCAAACCAUUCUUUGCACCCUGUACUGACACGAUGGAGCACCAGCUUGGACAAUGGCCCCAACCGGAAAGCAUCCAAGAAUAUGCUGGAAGUUCUGGUAGUGAGGUGGAGAGGGAAUGAGCUUUGGUCAUUACCAGGGGGCACACUAGAUCCUGGACAGCAGGUUCCCAGUAAGGUCCAGGCACUGCUAGAUCAUAGAUACUUGAGCGAAUUUCUGGCAUUGCUAGGCUCUGGGACAGAGGUCUUCCAUGGGUACCUGGAUGAUCCUCGAAACACAGACAAUGCCUGGAUAGAGACUCUUGCCAUCAGCAUCCACCUGGACACAAAGGAAAAUUUGGACAAAGUGCUGCAGAACCUUAAGAAAUCAGAUGAUGAGAUAACACUGCGAUGGCAACUCCUGGAUUACAAGAUUCCUCUUUAUGCCAAUGAGAAUGAGAUUCUUCAGAGGACAGCUGAGCACCUCCAUGCUCAUUAUAAAUGUAUUGUUUAAAGCUGUUUUUUUUUUGUUUGUUUUUUAUGGUUAUAUCUUAUGUCCCUGAUUUUUUAAAUACCAUAUUUUUGAUUCA